AUGCCGUCAAUAUCGCCGCAACACACCGCAGAGCCUAGCAGCAGCACGCAGUCCACAUUGCACUCGACGCCUGCUGUAAGCCAGGUCCGCAUACAAACGCCUGAAGCACCUGCCAGCCUCGACGAGCUGCUCAAAUCGCCUCAUAAUCCUGCCUUGCAGAUUCGUCAGCCUAGCUCGACGCUUCGAGGCGCCACCCCGGAUGACCAGCGAAGACGGAAUGGUUUCCACCUUUGGCGCACCGAGUCGGAAGACGCCCGUAACGCGCGGCUGCGCCAAGCGAUCCAAGCAGCAGAGGCACAGGCUAACGCGCCACCGAGUCUCAAGCAUCGACUUGGCAACGCUCUCGGGAAAGCUUCCGAUUGGAUUCAGUCACGCGGCUUUCUGAGCUUGUACAGGCUCAACCCGAUCCAAUUAGGCGAUGGCACGGAAGCGAUACUGUCGGACGCCUUUGCGGUUCGCUCACCAAAACUCUCUCGGCUCGGCCUAAUCGUUCUUACAAUCAGUCUGGCAGGCGCUCAGCUCGCAUGGACGCUCGAACUUGCGUACGGAACACCGUAUCUUCUUUCGCUCGGUCUAAGCCAGCAAAGCACCAGCUUGGUCUGGCUCGCCGGCCCACUCAGCGGUCUCAUCGCUCAGCCGGUCGUCGGCUCGCUUUCGGAUCAUUCCACAUCAUCUUUUCGUCGCCGAAAAUACAUGAUCAUCUCGGCUUUGCUGCUGACUGUUUCGACCAUUACUCUUGCCUACUCAGUCCCUAUCUCUACUUCCCUCGUCGAUCUCUUCGGAGGCGGACUUGCCGACUGGGAUCCUCGCCGCCACGAUUUGGUCCAUUCCACCACGCAGAUUAUCUCGGUCAUGGCCUUUUGGAUCCUCGACUUUGCUCUCAAUGGGCUUCAGGCUGCUUCGCGAGCGCUUAUCCUCGAUACCGCGCCUUCCGAACAGCAGACUAUUGCGAAUGCGUGGCAGGGCAGGAUGACCCAUGCGGGCAACGUGGUGGGGUAUCUGUGCGGAUGGGUCGACCUUGCCAGUUGGAAAUCGCUGCGCUGGCUCGGGGGAGGUCAGUUUCGGCGAUUCGCCAUGAUCUCGUUGCUCGCCAUGAUCUCGUGCGUUAGCGUCACCAUCUCGUGCAUCUCCGAGUCGCCGACAGACGAUCGGUUUUCGCAAUCGACGCAUCAACGACAAUCCAUGUGCACCUCGGCAUGGAGCACCGCCCAGGCGACGUUGGAUGAUGUAUGGCAUGCCAUCCGCAGGUUGCCUAGAUCGGUACGGAGGGUAUGCCUGGUACAGCUGUUUGCGUUCAUGGGUUGGUUCCCGUUCCUCUUCUACAGCACUACAUAUAUCCUGCAGAUCGCGCAGUACGAGCGGAAUCUCGAGCACAGACGUACACAUGACGACCUCAUCCUUGUACAGCCGUUUGAUGCUGGUCAGGGUGGACAGGCUGGCCGUCCGAGCUCGGACCGGGAUGCAGAGCGUGGAUCGUUUGCCAUGCUCAUGUUUGCUCUCAUUUCGCUCGUUUCUGCAGCGCUGUUGCCAUAUCUCGCUUUGGCCGGUGAAAAACGUGAUCAACCUUGUCUCAAAAAUGCUGAUUCAAACAACGGCCAAGAGACCCCCACCCCACCGUUGCAGAUCAACAUACCUGCGGAUCGCGCAUCACUGUGGAGCGAACCACGGCACACGGCGGAUCGCGAGCAUUCUGAGCGCAUCUCGCGUGUUCAGCGCGUAACCCGCGGUCUAGUUCAAGGUCUGACGCUACGAACAUUCUGGAGCGUCGCCUCGAUCGUCUUUGCUGCUUUGAUGCUCGUCGGGACAGCUUGGGCGUCUACGGUACGGCAAGCUACGGUGGUGAUCGCGCUUGUCGGCGUGCCGUGGAGCGUUGCUGCGUGGGCACCAUUUGCGCUGGUCGGCGAGUUCGUGAGGGAGGCCGAGGAUGGCGCAUCUCCGUUUGAAUUCGAACAAGAUCAUUGGUCGCCAGCUCGGAUGAGGGCUAGGGCAGCGGCGACCGAAGAGGGGCGGCCAAGAAAGCACAGCCAGCCAAGUGCUCACGAAUCGGUUAGCAGGGUGGACCAAGCUGAUGUCGGGGCUGGGGGAGGAUUCAAGUACAUUGAUCAGGUAUCACCUACAAGGAUGGGUAGGGGUGGAGAACAAGGUGCGAGGGAGAGAAUCCGAGCGUCGCUGGUGGAUUGUGCACCUCUACCACGCACUUCGACGGCGAGCAGUGAGGAUGUCGAAUCGCUCCAUGUAGCACCGCAUUGCGGUGAUGGUGGCGGAUGGCGCUCUUCGUCCUACUCGUCGCAUGCGCCCACUCCACAGAACGCAACCGGCGGAGCGGGGACUAUUCUGGGCAUUCACAACCUCGCCAUCGUCGCUCCACAGUUCGUCGUCGCCAUCAUCGCCUCGCUCAUCUUCAGCGCCGUACACUCGAGUCUCAGCGCCACACAUCUCGUCUUGAACUCUCCGGCGCUGGCCUCCUUGGCUGACAGGGAUCAUCGAGUAGCGCAAGGUGGCGUGGUGAAUCCAGCGAAAGGAACAGUUUGGGUUUUAAGGUUCGGAGGAAGCAUGGCUCUCAUCGCGGCUGUUGUGGCGAGAUUCGUACCGUUGACGCUUAGCGAGAGACAGAGACGCUACCCUGCCCAGCAGCCGAUACAGCACCACGCAGCAGGCCAGCAUGACGAUUACCGCGACGUCCUAUAA